GAAACCUGGAGCGAGGAGUACACACACACUGCAUCACCCCGGGCCCUGCUAAUACACAGACAUGGAUCCCUUCACAGAGAAACUGCUUGAAAGAACCCGAGCCAGGAGAGAGAACUUGCAGAAGAAAAUGGCUGACAGGCCUACAGCAGCAGCACGUUCUGCCCCUAUGAACAAGAGGCCCAGAGAGCCACUCUCAGAGACAAACCAUCAGCCUCCAACACCAGCUGAAGAAUCAAAACCUUGUUCGAAGCCAAGCCCUUCAAAGAAGCGCUGUUCAGAUAAUGUUGAAAUUCAAGUUUCUGGCUCAGAAAAUAAACAACCCAAAAGUCCAGAAAUAACUAAAAGCCCACCAUCUUCAGAGCUUUCACAUUCCCAAGUGAAAGCCACAACUCGGACCUCUCCAGCCCUCAUGCUGUCCAGAGAUAAGGAAGAGCAGAGCCUGAGUUCUGAAGCUGAUACUGCAUCUUCAAUGAAGUCGCGUAUGCAGAAACUGGCAGCUCAAAGGCAUUACUGGGAUAAUGGAGCCAGUCCCCCAAGUUCUCCCCCUAAAUCUAUUCCACCAAAAGAAGUUGUGGUCUCUCCAACAAGAACCCCAGCUCUACUUGCUGGUACGGAUACUCCUGUGGGCAGACGAGGUCGUUUCGCUAACCUUGCUGCUACUAUUGGCUUGUGGGAAGAUGAUCUAAGUCACCCAUGUGUCAAAGCGAACAAUACACAAGAAAAGCCUGGCACUGCUUGUUUAUCAAAAGUGUCUACUACCAGUUCAACAUCUGCCAGCAUCAAUAGCCACAGUGUAAGGCAGGAAGCGGUGUCCUGUGCUCAAAAGCCAAAAGAAACUGCCGUGAAUAAGACUGUCGUCUCUAGUGCACUGAGUACGCCGUCUGCUAACAAAUUUGGAAAUAUAACUGCUACCUCCAAAAACAUCGUAGAGAAACCAAAAUCUUCAGAGACGCAUACAACUGUUGCUUCUUCCAGACAGCAAAACAAUGAGCUGAUAGCGUCUGCUGUGACGAAACCCUUGUCUAGCAAUACUUCCUCCUCACAGAAAGCAGAGAGACCCACCUCAAGAAUAUUUCCAGCUCAGCCAUCUGUAUCAAGGGAUGAUUGUAAUAAGGGGACUCCUGUACAACAGAAGGAUAAGGCAGGGACGCCUGGUGGUCCAGGAAUAAAGUCUUUCUUGGAAAGAUUUGGUGAGAAAUGUCAGGAACGGAGUCCAGCUCCUUCAAGCAGUGGUAAUAGGGCAGCAGUUCUGACUCCAAAUACGAAGAGUAUCCAGGAGAGGCUUCUAAAGCAGAAUGAGGUCUCCAGCACAGCUAGUUUAACACAAAUACAAAAGAAGGAACGUGAGAGAGAGCUUGCUGCUCUUCGUGGUCGUGUUGACAAAGGAAGUGUUUGGACGUCUGAAAAGGAGGAUUUAUCUAGAGCAAAAUCUAGAGACAUUCAAAAGGAAGUGCAGGCGCACCCACCUACUAGUGGCCGACCACCCCGGCCAGAUGUAACCACCCAUUCAGUACCUGAGAAAGCACCAGCCUCUUCCAUCUCCUCCAAACACACUGAUAUUGAUGAAGUGGGUGCUUCCCAACCCAAAAUGACAGAGCGGACUCUUGAGAAAGUUGUAAAGACACAUGAAGAGCCAGCAACAGAUAAGGAAUCUGGUUCAAAGACAGCUGAAGUAGUACGUGAAAUUGAAAUGAACGUGGAUGGAGAUCUUGAUGAGAUGAACAGCUCGGAGGUGAUCACUGGCAUUUUCAGUGAGGCUUUUGAGGAUGAGGACGACGAGGAAGAUGUGCAGGUGGCGAAUCUUGCUGAAGGCUCCUCCAAGCAAGGAGAUACUAUUGGUGCUAUAGAAAGUGAUGAUGGAAACAGUGAAUGUGAAGAUGAUGAUGAUGCUUUGAACAUUUCCUCAAUGUCUUUGUUGACCCCUUUGGCAGAGACUGUUGGUGUUGGAAGUCCAGAGGCUCUUCUGUCACCAUCCAAGAUGGCAGAUUCAAUAUCUGAGAGCCCCAAGACUGUCAGGUUUCAGAGGGCACGUGUACCUAGAGCUGAAUCGAAAAACAGCUGCAUCUCUGCAGAAGAAAACCAAAAUCUUUUGUACAGCAUUGAUGCAUACAGAUCUCAGAGAUUCAAAGACACCGACCGUCCUCAAGUUGUCCAGACCAUUGUACGUAAGGAAAAUGUGACCUCUAAGUUGGAUGAUAAACGAGCUGCAUCCCCAAGACCAGUCAAUAUCAAACAGAAAAUGAAGAUUUUGAACAAUGAGAUCAACUUGCAGCAGACAGUGAUUCAUCAAGCCAGCCAAGCUCUUAAUUGUUGUUUUGACGAAGAACAUGGAAAAGGAACACAGACAGAGGCAGAGGCUGAGAGAUUGCUUUUGGUAGCAACUGAGAAAAGGACAGCUUUGAUCGCAGAGCUAAAUAGACUGAAGAAUGAAGGCCCUCAGAGCCAGAAGAAACAUGCCACCCAGGGUCAUGACAGUACUCCGUCAAGAGGGUUUAUAUCGGUGUCGGACAUAUUUCUACCACUCAAAGCGGACUUUGUUUGCAGCACAUCUCAGAGAUCGGAUUCUGCCAAUUACUACUUUUUCAUAAUGAUCCGGGCUGGAGCGGAAAACAUGGUCGCAACACCUUUAGCGAGCAUGCCAAGUUCCAUGAAAGGAGACGCUCUCUCAUUCCCAACAUCAUUUACCCUUGAUGAUGUUUCCAAUGACUUUGAAAUUGAAAUUGAAGUUUACAGUUUAGUACAAAGAAAGGAAGCCAUUGCAACUGAUAAGAAGAAAAAGUCAAUGAAAUCAAAGGCAAUCACUCCAAAGAGAUUACUCACAUCUAUUACAAAGAGCAACAUUCAAACACCAGUCUUAGCCAGCCCAGGAGGACCGAAUGCUGUCCGCACCAGUAAUUUUGUGCUUGUUGGAUCUCACAAGCUAUCCCUUUCAUCUAUUGGGAGCAACAAAUUCCUUCUAGACAAGGUGCCAUUUCUGUCCCCGUUAGAAGGGCAUGUCUGCCUGAAACUGAAAUGUCAAUUAAAUUCAUUUGUUGAAGAGAAGGGAUUUCUGACUAUGUUUGAAGACGUAAGUGGCUUUGGAGCUUGGCACAGACGUUGGUGCGUCCUGUCUGGAUAUUGCAUUUCCUAUUGGACGUAUCCAGAUGAUGAGAAACGAAAGAAUCCAAUUGGCAGAAUAAACCUUGCGAAUUGCACCAGCAAGAAAAUUGAGCCUGCAAAUCGAGAAUUUUGUGCCCGUCCCAAUACGUUUGAGCUUAUAACAGUCAGGCCACAGAAAGAGGGUGACACAGAAACACUAGUCAGUCAAUGCAGAGACACACUCUGCGUUACCAAGAACUGGUUAUCGGCAGACACUAAAGAUGAAAGGAAUCUAUGGAUGCAAAAACUAAACCAAGUUCUGGUGGAUCUCCGUAUGUGGCAGCCAGAUGCUUGUUACCGGCCUUCAGUCAAGGUUUAAUAUGCAGAUGUUGACCAUAAACUGCCACUUGUUCUAUGGAGACUUUGUAUUUUAUACAAGCUAUUUUCUAUUAUUGCUGCAAGCUUUCGUAUACAAAAAUACCCCUGAUGCAGUGUUUGUAAUUCUCAGAAAAUGGAAACAAAAUCAACAAGGAUUUCUGAAUUUUAUCACUGAUAAACUUUCACUUGGAAACUUUUUAAACUUUAUAAAUUGUAUGCGCUCUACUAGAGAAUGGUGGUGUAUGGGUAAAAUGGGUCUAAUGUGUUUAAACUCUUACAAAUGAGACUUUGGGGUUGCAUAUAUUUACUAUUUUAUAUGUAUUUGGUAAUACCCUUAGGAGAGCUUUACUAUUGGGCAGCGUGAUGUGCAAUAUACUUAUCUUAUUUUCACUGCUUCCAACUGAACAGCAUUGUAUUUUAUCAGUUUCUCUGCCGACAUCCAUGGUUAGUGGUAAGGAAACUGAAGGCUUACUUUAUAUUUUGACCUUUUUAUGUACAUUUAGGUGUUGUAAAUGAAAGUAUAGCAUGUUUUAAUAGCAGCGUUUCUGUAUUCUAUUCUGGAUAUGGAAGAACUGGGCUCCUUUUCCUCUCGAUCUUAUUUUGGGGAUGUAUUUCAGGGAAAGUAGCUAAGAGUAAUCCUAUAAUAAAUUAAGCACUAGCAGUUGUGCUUGUUGAUACAAGGUUUGGAAUAUUUGUGUGAAUCAUUUUAAAGACAUGUCAAGUUCCAAGCAAACCUUCCAUGGUUUAGUAAUAUAUCUUCCAUUUCUUUAAAUUCAAUAGACUGUGGAUAUUGUGGAAUGAUUGGAUUCAAGGAUAGGAGAACAUCUCCAACAGUCUGCUUUGGGUUAGAUGUUUGCAUAUCCGCAACAAAGUGACGAUAUCAGAAAUUAAAAUUAUGGUCCAUUUUGUACACAUGCAGUAUUUUAUUUUAGUGAUUUUAUUAAGCUGCUAUUAAUGCCAGAAAAAAAAAGCUUUACUGGCCACUUGUUUUUUAGUAUAGUUUACGUUUUUGUAAAUACUUCUUCUAACCAGUUCGAGUAUAAGGCCUGUGGGAUGUCUUUGUGUCCAAUGACCAGAUUUUACUUAAGGAAUGGCUUUAAAAGUGUUUAAGAGAGAGUGAAAUAUUUCUAAGCUUGAACUCUAAAAUUUACUUUUUUGUUUUUUUAUGGUAAUGGUGAAAACCAAGUGAAAUGUGCCAUGAGACCAAGCUUUCUGAUUGAAUGGAGGAAGAUGAAUGAAGUUCGAAAUUAAGCAAUAGGCUUUUAGUACAGUUAGUGGGAAUGGUGGGGGACAGCAAGAUUUUGUCUUAUAGUUUCUAUAGAAAUCGUUUUUGGCAAAAUACAUUUACAGCUGGUUCUGCAAGAUUGCAACUUUAUAUAGAUCUCUCCUUUAUGGGCACGAAGACAUCUCAAGGCUUUUGUUUUUAAGCAUUAAUCAUUUAUAAAUACUUGUAAUAAACUUUUUUAGUCUCACCACAAUCUUGGUGGCAUGGAUGAUAGGUAUCCUAUAUGAUCACUAUUUUUGUUUGCAUCAUUAUAGCCAGAUAAUAUAAGAAGUUAAAGAAUUACGCUUUAUUACGUCACUAAACACUAACAACCGUUCCUUUUCACGCUUUGAAUACUCGUAUUGUCCGUCUUCUAUCCAUCUCACUUUGAGUCCUUAUUUUUCUAUGUCUACUUUUUACACUAUAAAAGAUGUGUAAGUACUUCUGUGUGUCGAUGUUGUACAAAUAAAAUAUUUAAACUUA